CCAAGGACCAGGAACCGGCUCAGUCCUUCAUGAAGAGUAUCUUCAGCCCCAUCUUCAUGCUGAGCCUCAUCACCAUGUGUGUGACGCAGCUUCGCCUCAUCUUCUACAUGGGAGCCAUGAACACCAUCUUGGAGUCUCUGACAGAGGGAGACCUCAGCACCGUGGAGAAGAUGCAAGUGGUGAGCGUCUACACGUCGAUCUUUGGCGUCCUGCAGCUCCUCUGUCUCAUCACUUCUCCUGUGAUCGGGUACGUGAUGGACUGGAAGCUCAAAGACUGCGAAGAAGACAAAGAUAAAGUCACCCCGAGGUGAGGA